AUGGCGGUGGCAGAUGUGAAGUUAAAUUCACCAACUCAAACAAACAGUCAAAGUGUUGUUGUCAAUGUCAAAGAAAGAGAUGUUGAAGUGGGGAAACCAUACGAAGACGAAGAUGGUAUAACAAUAGUUCCUGUAAAAGAACCAACAUACCCUGAAGUUAGCAGAGACUUAAGUUCUGUUGCAGAUAUUCGAAACGACUACCAACAACUUAAAGACAAACUUAAAACUCAGGAGAAGAUUUGUCAAGCUUUGGGUAUAA